AUGGGUAGUAAGUUGACUGCCUACGAUGGGUUUUUCCACAAUUUUAAGUCAGAGGAAAUUGUGGUGAAGAAGUGGGACAAGUUGAAAGAGACUUUUUCAAUCGAAAUUGUAUCCGAUGAAGAAGUAAAUAGAUUCAGGAUGAAUUUGAAGAACAUCGAUUCUUCGUUAGGACCUUAUCCAUUUGAAAAUUAUCGAAGUUGGUAUGCUUUAACGGACUUCAUAAACCUGGACACUAUUGAAAGGUUAAAUCCGUUAAAAGGCCAAAUAUCAGCGCAGGCUGAACUAAUAAUUGUUUCUAUGAAUUUCUGCGUUAAGCUUAAUGCAACGGUUGGGUGCAGCAACAGUGUUGAUCGAGAGCAUCCGAUCCGCACUCGCUUCGUGGACACCCAAGGUUUGCCGAUAAUGAAAAUCAGAGAAGGUUAUGAGAUCCGAUUUAUGGCAAUACCACAACUCGUUAUUGACGAAAAUCGCGUUGGAAUUGACUACACCGACCGACUGGAGCGAGUAAUACGACAGUUAGACGAUGACUGGAAGCAAUUAUUAGCAGAAAUUCAGUUCGCAUUUGCUUGCUUCCUUAUCGGACAGGUAUUUGAAGGUUUUGAGCAGUGGAAACGGUUAAUCCACCUAUUAUGUUGUUCUCCUUCUGCACUUGGUCCAAGAUCAGAGAUGUUUAUGUCAUUCAUCAGAGUCUUGUUUUUCGAAUUAAAAGAGUGCCCUACAGACUUUUUCGUCGACAUUGUGUCACGAGACAAUUUCUUAACUACAACCUUGUCUAUGUUGUUUGCGAAUAUAAGGGACUCCGAUGUUGCUCCACCCGAGCUGAAAAGGAAGUCUAUGCAGUUCAAAGCUUACCUCACUAAAGAAUUUACGUGGGAUUUCGAGUGUGAAUAG